GAACUAUAAUGUUGCGAAUACGAACUAUAAUGUUGCGAAUACGAACUAUAAUGUUGCGAGUACGAAUUAUAAUGUUGCGAAUACGAACUAUAAUGUUGCGAAUACGAACUAUAAUGUUGGGAAUACGAACAAUAAUGUUGCGAAUACGAACUAUAAUGUUGCGAAUACGAACUAUAAUGUUGCGAAUACGAACUAUAGUUGCGAAUACAAACUAUGAUGUUGCGAAUACGAACUAUAAUAUUGCGAAUACGAACUAUAAUGUUGCAAAUACGAUCUUUAAUUUUGGCGGAAAUAUGACGCCAUAAGAGGCUGUCCCGGUCAAACAGCCUUUAAGACGAAUCCCAUUUGGAUAUCGAGAGGAAGUAAGAAAUGAUCUGAAAACAAUGCUUAAUGAUGGUGUCAUUGAGAAAUCAUCAUCAGAAUGGGCUAGUCCAUUAGUCCUUGUGCGAAAACCUUCAGGAGAUCUAAGAAUGUGUGUGGAUUAUAGAAAACUAAAUGAAGUUACAGCUGUAACCAGUUACCCCUUGCCUAACAUUACCGAGACACUGGACCGUUUAGCAGGGGCUUCAUUUUUCACCUCUAUAGAUAUGACCUCAGGAUACUAUCAAGUGGAGAUUGCAGAUGAGGACAAAGACAAGACAGCUUUUACAUCACCAUAUGGACUAUACCAGUAUUGCAGAAUGCCGUUUGGACUUGCAGGUGCACCAGGGACCUUUCAAUCAGUGAUAGAAGAUAUGGUACAGGUAUUACACACGGAGGACAUAAUGGCAUAUUUGGACGAUGUGAUUUGUUUUCAUCCUACCUUUGCAGAACAUUUAGAAGGAAUUUCCAGAUUGUUUCAGAUGAUCAGGGAUUCAGGAUUUAAACUGUCAGGUAAAAAGUGUCAGUUUGCUACCAGUUCUGUAAAGUUUCUGGGACACGUUAUUGACAAUUAAGUCAGGAGUGCGACCACUUCCUGAGAAAUUGGAAAUUAUUCGCAAUUGGAACGCCCCCAAGAAUGAAACAGAACUUCGCCGGUUUUUAGGAGUUUGCACGUUCUGGAGACGAUUUGUAAAGGAUUUCGCAAACGUGGCGGUACCACUACACAACUUGUUAAACAAGUCAGAAUUUAUGUGGACACGCGAGUGCCAAUGUGCAUUCGAAGAAUUGAAAGAAAGUCUAUGCUCGUCCGUAACGUUAAAGUUACCAGAUCGAUUCGCCCGGUUUUCAGUGACCUGCGACGCCUCUGACUAUGCAGUAGGGUACUACUUAGAACAAGACGACAAGUCAGGACAACGAAGACCAGUAGCUUUCGGAGGCAGAAAACUAACGAAAGCUGAAACAAACUAUUCCGUCACAGAAAAGGAAUGUUUAGCAGUCAUCGAAGCUUUCAAAGCGUAUCGCCCAUAUUUGUUAGCCAGAGAGUUUGAUUUGUAUACGGAUCAUCAGUCACUGAAAUGGCUUUUGACGCGGACUAAAGAACACAGUGGUCGGCUAUGGCGUUGGGUCGAUAAAAUAUAAGAGUUCCAGUACACAGUAAAGCACAUUGCAGGAACUAAAAACACAGUCGCCGACGCUUUAAGCAGGAUCAGAUUUGUGGAAAUAGAAAGCGAAGAGGACUGGUCUCUUGAAUAUGUACGUCAACAACAGGAGGAGUGUCCAACACUUAGUCAGAUCAAGUAUUGUUUAGAAUCAAAAACGACAUUGAAAACGUCGAACAAGGAACUCGCAGCUCUUGCAAAAGAACUACCAUUCUGUUUCAUUGGAAAUGAUGGAGUGCUUCGCCGUAAAAGCAAAGACGAAAAAGUGCAUAUCAUAGUUCCCCAAAAGUUGACCUCCAGAGUUUUGAAGAUGAUGCAUGAUGACCAAGGACAUUUUGGUUAUUCAAAAACAUUAAAGCGGUCGCAGGAAAGGUAUUUUUGGCCAAAAAUGUCUUCUCAAGUGGACGAGUGGUGCAAGAAGUGUAGAGUCUGCCAACAAAGACGAAAUCCAGUUCCAGCAAACAGAGCACCACUACAACCAAUUACGACACGGCGACCAGGAGAACUUGUAACUAUGGACAUCGUAGAAUAUCCAUUAAGUCCUCGGGGAUAUCGCUACUGCCUCGUAAUGAUUGACCAUUUUACGAAAUGGUUGGAAGUGUUCCCCCUAAGGAAUCAGAAAGCAGAAACUGUGGCAAAAAAGGUGUUUGAUGGGUGGAUUCCAAGACAUGGCGCCCCAGAGCAACUUCACCAUGAUCAGGGAAAGAACCUAUCGGCAAAAAUGAUUAAAGAAGUCUGUAAAUUCCUGGAAGUUUGGAAUACGCGCACUACACCAUUCCAUCCCCAAUCAGAUGGCGCUUCGGAGAGAAGUAUCCGCACGGUGAACAACAUGUUAGCAAAAGUAGUUGCAGAUUACCAAAGAAACUGGGACUUAUACGUAUCUUCGUCAUGUUUUGCGUACAACACUGCGGUACAUAGCAGCACCGGAUUUACGCCAAGUUAUUUAGAGUUUGGAAGGGAGCUUCGGUUGCCGAACGACCUUGUGGAGCCAGGUGAAAAUGAGAGACGUGUCGUAUCACACACAGACUAUGCUCAACAGCUAAAGAACAGACUAUCAAAAGCGUUUCAAAUCGCGAAUGACAUUCUUCACUCUGCACACAAAACACAGAAACAUUUCUAUGAUCGAUGGGCAAGGGCCAACGUUUACAAGGCAGGAGGAGAUCUAGUGUUGUGGCUUGAUAGGAAAACCAGACGAGGAAGGUGCAUGAAGUUAAACAGACCUUGGACAGGACCGUGGAGAAUAAUCAAACGACUGGGAGAAGUUGUGUACCGGAUAAAGUACGAAGGAAGCGAGAAAGUUAGCGUCAAGAGACGAGUUGUCCAUCACAAUCAAUUGAAACGGUUUCAUGACGUCCGAGAACCUGACACGGCGGAUAAUAAAACCGUGGUUCCAGAGGAAGAGUUGAGCGACUCGCCAGAAACUGAUGAUGCAGCUGUUGUAGUCAUUGAAGGUCCAGAUGUUGCCGCUCCAAUUGAAGACGCAGAACAAGAUAAUGAUAAUCUGGCUGAGCAACCUGAACCAACUAACGACAAUGAGAGACCACAGCGAGAACGAAGACCUCCAGAAUGGUUUGUUAACUAUGAUAUGAACUUUUAA